CCCGCACCACCCCGCAGCCAAGCCUAGCCACUCGGGUGGCCGGAGCACGCAGGGCAAAGCCUAGGCCUGGACCCCCGCGGUGAGCGCCCUGCCAGCCAGAAUUCACAAUGACAACAGUAAAGGUGACCACAGAAGCUCUGCCAACAAGUAUACUAGAAGAUAAUGCUGCUGUGUAUGAGGCUACAUCGGCACACAUUAUUGAAGAAACUGAAUAUGUGCGAAAGAUUCGAACUACUCUGGAGAAGAUCCGAAAUCAAAUGUUUAAAGAUGAAAUAGGACAUAACAGCACAAAUCACAAACUAGAGGCAAAGCAUAUAGGAAGAUGUCGGACCCGCCAGGACACAUGGCAGCCACAUUUCCCGGUGACAGACAAGGGUGUGAACUUGCUAGGUUCUCUGGGCUAUUGCAGUGGACGAGGACUGAGGCAUUCCAGCUUGUUCCCUGUCCAUGGGUUAAACUGCGAGCUGCUCCUCAGCUUUCAAUGGCAGGAUCAUAGGCACUGCUCUGUAACCAGGGAAAGUACGUUGGGGGACGAUACAGAAGAGCAAAAUGCAGUUAUGGCCACGCUGAGUUCUCUGUUAGGCCUGGGAGGACCGGAGGGUGGGCACAUGAUCCCGGAGCUGAUUGAGCCCCAGGUUACCAAGCUUGAGAAAGAACAGACAUUGAAACAGCAUGUUGAAAGUCUGAAUCAAGUUGCUGAAAAACUUGAAGAAAAACACAAGCAAAUCACAGAAUUGGAGACGCUUGUGCAGAGGAUGGAGACGGAAAAGAGAACGCUACUAGAAAGAAAACUAUCAUUGGAGAGCAAGCUUCUGCAACUCAAAUCCAAUGCUACAUAUGCUAACAGUUGCCAGGAUCUUCAGAUGGAGAUUUCCAUCCUCCAGGAGCAGAUCUCUCAUUUGCAGUUUGUGAUUCAUUCUCAGCAUCAGAACCUACGCAGCGUCAUCCAGGAGAUGGAAGGAUUAAAGAAUAACUUAAAGGAACAAGAUAAAAGAAUUGAACGUCUGCAAGAAAAAGUCAGUGUACUUGAAGCCCAGAACAAAGAACUAAAAACCAAGGUGGCACUUUGGCCUGAAAUGCCUAGGACAAAAGCAUCUAAAUCUGUCUCUACAAGUGAAUUGAAGACUGAAGACACGUCUCCCUAUUUGAUGUUGAUUAGGCUACGGAAAUGAACUGGCUGGAUAAAGAUCAGCUUGAGAGAGACUAUGUGGAUCUUAUUUAUUCCUUUCAUGUUAAAAUGGCAACAUGUCAGUGUUCAUAUGGACUUUAUUAUACAUCAAAACUCAGCAGGAAGGCAACAUUCCAGAAUUUCAAACAAAUGUGUAUUUGAGUGAAAGAAUUCUUUCUUUAGAACUUACUAAACACACUAAGAAACCAGGUGAUUUCCCAUAAGGGAAAGUUGAUUCCAUUUUUAACUUAAGAAAAGGAAAUCUGCGUCUUAUUUUUUGUUUCAUGAUCAAGAAACAUAAGGUUUUCAUCUUCACCCUUUUGAUAGUAAUAGUUUUAUGUAUACUGGGAACAAUGCUAUAUAUAUAUAUAUAUAUAUAUGGACA